GAGAGAGAGAGAGAGAGAGAGAGAGAGAGAGAGAUAGAGAGAAUGGGGCGGAACGAGAAGGGAGACGCCAAACUGCGAGGCGAUCGUGAUCAUCACACAGUGGCAAUCCAGCUCGGCCACGACGAAAAGCUCGUCGGAUCAGUAGGAGGAGGAGGAAGAGGAGAGAGACGACGAGUCAGUUAUGUGAACUCUCUCUCUCCUCGUCAGAUGGACACUCUCACCGCUCUCUGUGACACUUUCUUGCCCUCCAUUGCUCAGCCUCAUCAUCCUUCCGACACCGCCUCCGGUGGCAACAGUGAUGGGGACGAGGAGGUUGCUAAGUUUUAUCAAACUUCAGCUUCCAUGGCCGGAACUCCGGAGAAGCUAGGGGGGCUCAUCAGUGAGAGGAUGAAACACCCAAAGCUAUGGAUGCUCCGUCUCGCCUUGUGGUUCCUCUCGACAUGCAUCGGAACCUUCAUAUUGUGCGGCCGGAAAUGCUUCUCAAGCCACUUCCCGUACGUGCAGAGAUUCUCCGAGAUUCCGCAGCGGCGAAGGGAGGAGAUCGUGAGGCGGUGGUCUCGCAGCGUCUUCCCUCUGCUCCGGAUAUUCGCGCGUGCCCUCAAGCUUCUCACCCUCCUCGUCUUCUUCACUCAGGUCGAUGAGAAGGAUCGCAACCUUUCCUGGAGAGCGAUCGGCUAUGCUGGACCAGAUCCAGAGUUCAAAAACUCCAAGAAAUUAAAGCAUACGUCUUGCCAAAUCUCAGCAGAUGAACAGCAAGACCAAGAACAAGCGACAGCCAAGAAUGGUUAUGAAGAUGAAGCCGUCUUUGGACCUCUACAUCGAGGUUUAAUCCACAUGGAGCACCCGCGAGACAUCGUCGCGAAUAGUCUCCAACAGUCCGGGUUCCCCGUCCUCAUUUGUCCCUCGAAUGAUAAUCUACAGAAGCGUUGUUUCCCAUCUUUGAGCAUCCAGUGCGAUGCAGUGGUGAUCGGUUCGGGCGCAGGCGGCGGGGUUGUCGCUGGCGUGCUUGCAAAGGCGGGCCACAAGGUGCUUGUCCUGGAAAAGGGAAGCUACUGUGCCAGGAGUAAUCUCUCCCUGCUCGAAGGGCUGACCAUGGAUCAAAUGUACCUCUCCGGUGGGCUCAUAGCAACCGAAGAUAUGAGCACGGUGGUGCUCGCAGGUUCCACUGUUGGAGGGGGAUCCACAAUCAACUGGUCCGCCUCCAUUAGGACACCACAGCAUGUGAUGAACGAGUGGUCGAGCAAGUAUGAUCUAGAGCUGUUCGACAGCAAGUUGUACCAGGAGGCGUUGGAUGUUGUCUGCAAGAGAAUGGGAGUUCAGUCGGGAAUCAGCGAAGAAGGGUUCAACAAUGCAGUGCUACGAAAAGGGUGUCAUGAAUUGGGCUAUCCUGUGAGCAACAUUCCUAGGAACUCACCCGCGGAUCACUAUUGCGGUUGGUGUUGCUUGGGCUGCAAGGAUGGGAAGAAAAAGGGCACCGCGGAGACAUGGUUGGUCGACUUAGUGGAAUCCGGGAACGGGGCGAUUCUCCCCGGAUGCGAAGCCAUCGAGGUCCUGCACACAAGGCGGAUCAGAAGAGAGAGGGACACAGCGACUGGGGUCGCAUUCGAGUUCGAGCAUAACGGGAUCAAGGAGGUCUGCAUCAUCGAAUCCAAGGUCACCAUUGUGGCAUGCGGGGCUCUUAGUACACCGGCUUUGCUAAAGAGAAGCGGCCUAAAAAAUCCCAAUAUCGGGAAGAACUUGCAUCUCCAUCCGGUGACCAUGGCGUGGGGCUACUUCCCAGACACUAAGACGGCAGAUCUGUGGCCGGAGAAGGAGAAGAAGAGCUAUGAAGGAGGCAUAAUGACGGCAAUGUCCACAGUUGUUGGGAAUUUUGACAAUUCCGGGUAUGGCGCGGUGAUCCAGACCCCAUCUUUGCACCCGGGCAUGUUUUCGGUACUAAUGCCCUGGACGUCUGGCCUAGACAUGAAAGAAAGGAUGACCAAGUUCUCGAGGACAGCCCACCUAUUCGCGCUUGCUAGGGAUAAAGGGUUGGGGAUGAUCACAACGUCGAACUUCAUUAGUUACAAGAUAGAUGACGGCGAUGAGCAGAAUCUGCAGAAGGGGCUCGAGAAGGUGCUGAGGAUACUGGCAGCAGCCGGCGCCGAAGAGAUUGGGACGCACCACAGCGGUGGGAAAACACUGAACGUGAAGCGAGCGAGCUACCAUGAGUUCGAGCGGUUCGUGAAGGAAGAGAGCGCGAGGCCAAUAAACGGCCUGUCAACACCGAUAUGCUCUGCCCACCAGAUGGGCAGCUGUCGGAUGGGGCCCAACCCAAGGAGCUCGGCAGUGAACCCAAUGGGCGAGACGUGGGAAGUGGAAGGGCUGUAUGUGGCCGAUACCAGCGUUUUUCCGACGGCUCUGGGGGUGAAUCCAAUGGUCACCGUCCAGGCGAUUGCGUAUUGCACUGCACAAUCGGUGCUCGAAACUCUCAGGAGGAAGAAGAGCAGACAGUGAUUGUGAUAUACAUAGUCGCAUUCUUCUUUUUUUCUCUUGCUUUCCAGUUUCACCUCUUAUCGCAAUAAAGCUUUUGGUGUGCUACAACAGCAAA